UCUCCACCUAAAAUUUUAACUUGUAUGUCUGUCUACCUCAGCGGCAGAUGGCGGUAAUACAUUUGUACGAUAUGGACCGUUUAUGUUGUGUUUGGCUAUUCCUUGUGGUUUAUUUUCAUUAUGCUUUAUCCCAGUGUGAAGAAGAGAAAGUAAUACCUGUGGGUAUUGAGAAGAUAACUGUUCGAUUCCCUCCAGUUAACCAAACCACAUAUGAAAAAUUUCUUUUUUGUGAAUGGAAAUUCGUUGCCGAAAAACCAGAUAUGCGAAUAGUUUAUCAAAUUUCCCAAGUUAGCGUCCAUUGUGACGACAGGUUAGAAGUUUAUCCUGCUGGUGAGACUUCAAACAAAGAAAAAAUUUGUUGUUCUAAUUGUUUAACGACUGGUCCAGCAACAAGGCCUGUAGCUGUAACGCCCGGGAGAAGUCUAAAAAUAGAUUUCAAUUCUGAUGGAACAACACAUGACUAUGAAAAGGGAUUUGAAGUGACUUUGGUUGCCUCUAAGCAUCAUGAUUACUGCCCGCUUGACUACAAGCCGAUUCAAGUGACGUCAGAGAAACUACAGAUAGCGUCUCCAAACUUUCCUGACUUAUAUGAAACCGGCCUGGACUGUAGAUAUGAGCUAACGUCUCCAACAGGCGUGAUUGUGCAAUUCCAGUAUAUUGAUGUUGAAGUACAUGAACAGUGUGAAAAUUCUUGUUGUGAUGUUAUCAACAUCUAUCAAGGAGCCGAAGUAACCCUUAAGAACAGAUUAGCUUCAAUGUGUUCUCUACAGAACUUUCAACAUGACAAGAUUUAUGAGAGUGUUGGAACGACUCUAACGCUUCAGUUUACAACGGACGCCAUGGGUCCAUUUCGUGGCUUUCUGGCAACGGUUCAAGCAAAAGAAGGCAAUCCCAUAACAACACGUCCACCAACCACUUCAACUACUAUACCAACCACCUUAGCAACAACUACAGAGCAAUUCAUCGAAGUUCUGGAAACAUUGCAACAUAGUAGAUUCGAGUUACGUUGUAAAAUACCCACGUUGGAAAAUGGAGUGGACAUCUCAUGGACCAAAGAUGGAAUGCCUUUUCUUACUUCUAAUACCAACAGAUAUUAUUUUUUGGAAGACAAUACCCUAGUUGUGUUUACGGCCAUACUUCAACAAGAUAGUGGGGUCUAUGUGUGUGAGGCUAAUGAUCCAUUUAUGACCACCUACAGUGCAAGAAUAGUAGUAAAUGACCAAGCAUUGAUGUGUACAGAAAGCACCUGCAAUGGGAAUGGAACCUGCAUUGAUAAUAAUCUCUCCUACACCUGUGACUGUUUUUCGGGAUAUGAAGGGAAACAUUGUGAAAAAGACACGGAUGAAUGUAAAACAUCAGAUUUCUGUAAGCGCGGAUCAUGUGUUAACACAGUGGGCACCUUCUAUUGUGAUUGCAUGACGUCCCCGGGAUGGACAGGACCUACCUGUGAUCAAGAUAUAGAUGAAUGUAAAAGCAACGUAUGCCCCCAAAAUUCUGUCUGCUCCAACAGUGUUGGAAGUUAUGAAUGCAGAUGCAAGAAAGGUUGGAGUGGUCCAUCAUGCGAAAUUGAUACAGACGAAUGUACGAGCAUUCCCUGUAGCAGGAACGAAGUCUGUGAAAAUACUCCUGGGACGUAUCGGUGUACGUGCAAGAAAGGCUGGACGGGGUUAAAAUGUGAAGAAGAUAUAGACGAAUGUAAGAACAUGCCAUGUAGUAGGAACGAAGUCUGUGAAAAUACUCCUGGGACGUAUCGGUGUACGUGCAAGAAAGGCUGGACGGGGUUAAAAUGUGAAAUAUUAACGAGUGUCAGGUCAAGAAAUCAAUAUGUGGUCAAAAUGGAGUGUGUAUCAAUGAGAGGGGAGGUUACUCAUGUAAAUGUAGCCCUGGUUGGUCGGGGUCCGAGUGUAACACAG